AUGGUCGAGGGCCACCAGUGCCACCGCGUGGCGCACGCACACAGGCAGCUGCUGGUCGGCCGUGCCUUCAAGGCCACCAGCCCCAACGGCCGCUUCGCAGACGGCGCCAGGGCCAUCGACGGCAAGCCCCUUUCCAGGAUUGAGGUGGGUGCGCGGCGGCCGGAGCACGCGGCACGGCAGCUCGACAGCGGGGCAGCACGGUACCGGGGCGGUGCGGUGGCGGACGCCGCCACCAGGGCCUCUGAUGCGUGCAGCGUCCAUGGGAAGAACCUGUUCUACUUUUUUGGGGAGAGGCAGGGCGGCCAAGAGGGCAACGCGCUCGCAGACGUUGUUCAUAUCCACUUUGGCAUGUCUGGCGCGUUCCGAACAAUGCCCGCGGCCCAGGAGGCCCAGAAGCCGCCGCGGGAGACGACGCGGCUGCGGCUGGAGCACCCUGGGGACGGCCUGGUGGCGCACUUGAGCGCCAUGACGGUGGCCCACGGCGGCAUGGAGCUGUAUCAUGAGAAGAGCUCCAAGCUUGGCCCAGACCCCCUGAGGGAGGAUGCGGACCCGGAGCUGCUCUGGGCGAAGGUGCAGAAGUGCAAGAAGCCGAUAGGGCUGGUGCUGAUGGACCAAACCAUGAUGGCCGGUGUGGGCAACAUUUACAGGGCAGAGGUGCUCUACAAGGCGGCCAUCCACCCCGAGCAGCCGGCGAACACCCUCAGCCGCGACGCGUUCGACACUGUGUGGGCGCACUCUGUUGAGCUGCUGCAGCGCGGGUUCACCAGCGGCAGCAUCCUUACGGUUGAUCCUGAGGACGCCAAGAUACUGGGCAAACCCUGGACCAGGAGAUACAUCUACAACCACGCCCAGUGUGGCCGCUGCAAGGGCCCAGUCAAGUCCUGGGACAUGGCCAACCGCACAGUCUACUGCUGCCCCACCUGCCAGCCGCUGCUUGAAGGCACCCAGGUGACGCCCCAGCGGCGCGCCUCGAUGGCGGCAGCUAAGACGGCCAAGGAGUUUGUUUCGCACUGCGCCCCAGAUGACACCGGCGACGCGCCGCCCUCAAAGAUGACUGUGCCGCAGCUUAAGGCGCAGCUCAAAGCGCUGAACCUCGACAUCACAGGCAGCAAGGCCGCCCUCAUCGCGCGCCUCGAGGCGGCGCGCGACUGGGCGGCCGGGGGCGGCGCAAAGGCCGAGGCGGCUGCAGAGGCGGGACCAAGCGGCAGCGGCGGGGACGAGCGGUGGCACAAGCUGUCAGCUAUGGAGUUCUCUGGGUCAGAGGAUGAGGACGAGGGCGCAGCGGCCGCAGAGGAGGCGGCGACGCUGGCGCCCGUCACGCCCGCGCCGGCGCCGCUGACGCCCGCCGCGCGCAAGCGCGCGAGAGCCGCGGCCGCGGCGGCGGCCGCGCCGUUUGAGCAGCAGCCCAAGGACGGGGCGGGCGGCGAGGAAGUCGUGGCAGGCGGCGGCAGUGGCAGUGAGGACGAGCUGGACGUGGCAGAGCGGCAGCUGUCAGAGCGCCUGGCAGCUGCAACCGCGCCCACUGCUGCUGCAGCCGCGCCCUCCACUGUCGCACAGCUCAAGGCCCAGCUCCGCCUGCUGGGCCUGCCUGUUUCAGGCAGCAAGCAGCAGCUGCUCAUGCGCCUGGCUGCAGCCAGCAGCGGCGGCGUUGGCGGCGCCGCCGCCUCUGAGGCUCCGCACAAGGUGGAGACCAAAGCAGGGCGCGCGGCGGCGCCAAAGCCCAAGCGCGCGGUCAAGCCGGGGACCAAGGGCCUGGGGCACGUGGCGACGGCAGCGGAGGCGGCCAAGGAGAAGCUGCUGGCGGGAGAGAACCGCGCUGUGGAGCAUGUGGCACUUGCAGAUGAGGAGGCAGACGAGCUGACGCUGGGAGGGGCGAACGCCGCCGCCGAUGCUCGCAAAGGCAACAGCCACGGACCAGCGGCAGCGGAGUCAGCGCCGCAGCCGGCAAAGCGGCGGCGGCGGGGCGGCGGCUGA